AUGGCACCAUACGAAGCUAUGUAUGGGCGAAGGUAUAGAUUGCCAAUUGGUUGGUUCGAUGUUGGCGAAGCAGAGUUGUUGGGACCCUAUUUGUUCUAUCAGGCUAUGGAGAAAGUCAAGUUGAUUCAAGAGUAUUUGAAGACGGCUCAGAGUCGCCAAAAGUCAUAUUCGGACAUGCGGUGUAGAGACUUAGAGUUCCAAGUUAAUGAUUGGGUAUUUCUUGAAGUUUCACCUAAGAAAGGCGUUAUGAGAUUUGGGAAGAAGAGGAAGCUUAGUCCCUGCUAUAUUGGGCCAUAUAGAAACAUGCGAAGGGCCAGAUUACAUGGGUUAAAAAUAAAUGUGACUUAUGAAGAAAUUCCAGUAAUUAUUCUUGAUCUCCAAAUCCGCAAGAUGAGAACUAAGGAAAUUGCUUUAGUGAAAGUGCUUUGGAGGGAUCAGAAGGUGGAAGAGGCUACGUGGGAAGCCGAAGAGGAAAUGAAGUCCAGAUAUCCCCAUCUCUUUGCAGAAUAA